AUGUCUUCAAAUUCACAAGAUCUCACUCCUGAACUACAACCACCGUCAGGCGAAUCCGUGUCUGAUGUCAAAGAGGAGGAAAUUAAUUUUUCCAUAGUCGAUGCAUUACCACCACAAAACGUUCCUGAUGUCAAAGAAGAGGAAAUUGACUUUUCUAUAGUCGAUGCAUUACCACCACAAAAAGAUGCUUUAGGUGCUGCUAUACCUGUCAUGACAAUUCUCUUCGCCAACUUUAUAAAUACCUUUUUUGUCUUUGCAUAUCAACAAAAUACUUGCUUCCCAGCAUGUAAAGAUGCUGCAGUACAACAAUUAGAUGAUAGUGUUAGGGAGAAUGCUUUUUACUUUAUUGCAUUGGGUGUAGGGGUUUUUAUUGCUGGAUACUUGCAAAUGUGUUUAUGGAUGAUAGCUGGUGAACGUCAGGCAAAUAGACUUAGAACAUUAUACUAUUCUUCAAUUCUUCGUCAAGAUAUCACGUUCUUUGACACAGUAUCCACGGGUGACGUCACCACACGUAUAUCUGCAGAUAUUUCUCUUUUUCAAGAAGGUAUCUCUGAAAAAGUUGGUCAGGUUUUACAAUAUGCUGCUACGUUCAUUGGUGGUUUUAUUAUUGGUUUUAUAAAAGGUUGGAAAUUAACUCUUGUUCUUUGUGCUGUGUUUCCUUUAAUGGCUAUUGCUGGUGGAUUUAUGGCAAGAGCUCUUAGCAGAGGCACAUCUGAAGGGCAAGAUGCUUAUGCUACUGCUGGUGGUGUUGCUGAACAAGUACUUUCUGGUAUAAGAACUGUAACUGCUUUUGGUGGUCAAAAACGUGAACUUGAACGUUAUACUGCUCAAUUAGAGCUUGCAUAUAUUAUGGGAAGGAGAAAAGCUUUUGUUACUGGUAUUGGUCUUGGUUCCCUUAUGUUUAUUAUGUUUGGCUGUUAUGGUUUAGCUUUUUGGUACGGUAGUAUUUUAAUUGUAAAUCUUGAAAUGACGGGUGCUGAAAUUUUAAACGUUUUCUUUGCUGUUUUUAUUGGCGGUGUAUAUUUUGGCCUUGUUAGAGCUCAAGAAUUAGAAACUCAAAAAACUGUAAAAAAAACUAAUGAAGAUGAUGAAGAUGAAGAAGAAAUUAGUUCAACUAGUUCUAAUGAUGAUACUGCAGUAAUAAUAGAUGAAAAGAGACAUAAAUUACAUUUAAGAAAAUUGUCUACCAAAGGAUCAACUAUAAAAUCUAUGAAGACAAGUGAAGAAAUUAUAAAAGAAGAUAUGGAAAAGAAAUUAUUACAAAAAAUGCCAUUGACAAGAGUCUUUAGAUUAUGUAAACCCGAAUAUGGAUUGAUGUUCAUUGGUUGUAUUGGUGCUGCAGCUGCAAAUUUUUGGUCUAUGUGUUUUGCAAUAUUGGCUGUUGUUGCUUUAGUAGCAAACUUUUCCCAAAUGUCAAUGUUCACGUUAGCUGGUGAACGUCUUACAAAACGCCUUAGAAAAUUAACUUUUGAAGCUUUAUUAAGACAAGAAAUCGCAUAUUUUGAUGAUGAAAAAAAUGGUACUGGUGUAUUAACUUCAAAAUUGGCUGUAGACGCAACAAAAGUUGAAGGGUUGAGCGGUGGUAUGAUGGGAGUUGUAAUACAAAAUAUUUGCAAUGUAGCAGUUGGAUUUGGGCUUGCCUUUGGUUUCGGUUGGAAACUGACCUUAGUCAUUCUUGCUGCUUCACCUGCCGUUGUAAUAGCUGGCUUUUUAGAAAUGAGAGCGAUGACUGGUUUCGGUUCAAAGACACGUACAGCAUAUGAAGGAACUGGCCAAAUAGUUCAACAAAGUGUUUCUAACAUGAGGACAAUUGCAUCAUUAACUAGAGAAGAAACCUUCAAAGCUACAUAUCAAAGUGCUCUAAGAGAACCACACAAAAUCGCAAUUAAGGGAAGUUUGAUAUCAUCAUUUGGAUUUGGUACAUCUCAAGGAAUUUUGUACUUUAUUUGGUCAUUAGCAUUUUGGUAUGGUUCAAAAUUGAUCGAAACAGAAGAAUAUGAUUUACAACGAAUGCUUCGAGUUAUGUUUGCUGUUGUGUUUACAGCUGUUUCUCUUGGACAAAUGUCAAAAUCUACAAUAGAUCCCACUGAUAAUGAAGGUAAAGACCGCCCUGCACCAAUAUUAGGAGAUUCUUCAUUUCAUUCGGUUUAUUUCAAUUAUCCUGCUCGCCCAAAUAUACCAAUCCUUCGAGGUUUGGACUUGUCAAUAUAUUCUGGAAAAACUAUCGCACUUGUUGGAUCAUCGGGUUCAGGGAAAUCGACAGUUAUUUCGUUAUUAUUAAGGUUUUAUGACGUAAAUUCUGGAGAAAUUGAAGUUGAGGGUGUUAAUGUAAAUCAAUGGAAUUUAGAGUAUUUAAGAGCGAAUAUGGCAUUAGUUGGACAAGAACCUGUGUUAUUUGAUUUAACUAUCGAACAGAAUAUUGCAUAUGGAAAAGAAGAGGAGAGUUACCUUUUGAUUUUUGGUGGCGACCUUCGUGGUGAUGAAAUAGUUGAUGUUACAGAACUUUGA